AUGAGCGCCCCAAGUAUGCUACAGAAAAACAACGGAGAAGACAAACAGGCGCAGGAGAAUGUAUCACUUUUUGAGAUUUCAAGCGAAGAGAAUUUAAAGAUGAACAUUAUAAAUGACCAGAAAGAUAUGGUAUAUUAUUAUACCAAUGUACUCGCAAAUAAAGGAAUACGAACUGUUAAAUAUUUUGAUAUCGACAUAACAGAAGAUGUGGAUGAUAUUAACGAUGCAUUUUGCGAUCCAAUAAGACUAAACGAUGACCACUAUGAAGAAGAUUAUUUGGAAUUCAAAAUUAAAAAAUUUAUGUCAUCAUGUAAUAAAAACUCGUAUGCGAAGAAAAUUUUGUUAAACGAUAUGAACAUUACUGUACCGCACAUCACCAGUAGAAAAAAUCCUCAAUGGGAGAUAUGUAACCAAGAUGGAAAAACUUUUUCUAGUAACAAAGUUGAACCUUACUGA